UUAGUUCCGUGUUCAGACAGCUCAGUUGGUCUGACUGCUUCUUUCUUCGAAUGGGUUAAAAAAGGAUAGAUAGAUAAAUAUAUAUUAAUCUUAUCCUUUAUAAUGCCUGAUAUGAAAGCAUGCAAAGUGUGCAAUUUCACACGACAAAAGUCAUACGGAGUAGUGGUUCCCACUUUGGAUGAGCUGAAGAAAAAAGGGUGUGAGUUCCUUGGCAUCAGCCAGAGUGAUUCGGUCACAGUGGUCCUUGACAAUGAUGGGACGAUAGUGGAGGAUGAAGGCUACUUUUUGUGUUUACCCUCAAACACAAAGUUCAUGUUGUUACAUGACAAAGAGACAUGGGCUCCAGUUCGCAGGAUUGAUGGCGGCACAGCUUGGAUGGCGAGGGAUUCUGUUAUUCUGGAAGUUGACGCUGUGGACAUGUCCGGUAAUGCGGCACCCUGGUUGGAUCUGGCUCAGCAGCUGAAGCAGGAACUGGCCAGUAUCGUUCUCAUGUCUGAGGCAGACCUACAGAUUUUAGUGGAUGCCCCCUGCUCUGAACUCGCCUCUGCUUUGGGUUUCCAAGUGGAAAAGGCUGAGAGCCUCCAGGAGACGUUGCAGAGGGUUUUGGACCGAAGGGAGGAGGAGAGGCAGUCCAAGGAACUGCUGCAGCUCUACCUCCAGGCUGUGGAGAAAGAGGACAGAGAGCAGGAAGAACCAAGCCAGCCCAGCCAUACAGGUACUGGAGACGUGGAUACGACGGAUGGGAUGGAGGUGGACUCUGCAUCCGGAUUCAUGUCCAGAACACUGAUGGUCUUGAAAGGCAAAACGAGCCCUGAGACGAGGCUUUCCGCCGAGGAUCUACAGAUGAUCGUGACCAGAGGGGCUGAAGCCAUGCAGCAGGUGCUGGGCUGGGACACUGCGAGGACAUCUGCACUGCUGCAGGCCUGCGAGUCCGAACUGUCCACACGUCUCCAGCAGAUUCAGGCCAUGCAAUCCAUCAGCAGCGCACAGCUGGACAGCAGCAGGCAGCCCAACGCAGCCAACACAGACGACUGCGUAGAAACAGCAGCCAGAGGCAGCACCUAGACUUCACCUGAACUGAGACUAAUUUAAAAGAAAAAGGGAGAAAAAAAAUACACUUCCUGCCUCAGGGUCAUUAUAACUCCCCCGUUUCUGUCAAUGGCUACACUCCUGGAAUACAUACAUGUUAAGCAUGUUGACACGUGUAUAAUUUUGUAAAAAUGUGUUAAUUGCAAAGCGGUUUAUCUGCACAAGUUCUGUUUGUCAAAGAGAUGAUGACUUUAACCACUAACAUGUGAUGUCUACUGACAUUUGAGUGCCGUGCAAACAACUCAGUGUGAACUCUGUAGGCCAUUUAGCUUAUCUUUAAAACUAGAGCUAGCUUGGCUUUGUCCAAGGGCAAGAAAACAGCUACACAGAACCUGUCCAGCUCACAAAUAAACACUUUAAAUUUCUCUUUUUUAUUAUCCACUACCAAAGACUGUCUAAAAAGUAGUCCAUCAAUGCUGUUCUUCUUUCUAAGUUAGGCAAACUGCCUUUAGUUUCAUAUUUAGUAGUCUGUUAUGAAAGAAACGUAGAUGUUCUGAGCUGGAGAGCAGAUCAAUAUUUUCCAAAUAUCUUAAAUAAAUGUUUUUUUAUUAAUAAUUAAAAGUGUUUCUUUUAACCAGCUUUUCAGUAUUUAUUUUUAUUUUGUACAUUUUCAUGACUUUUAAAGUGUAGGAGUAUGUAGAAAUUAGAGGUCAAGUUGGAUAUGGGAACAACCUCUAUAUGGCAUCCAGAGGUUUUAUGGCAACAAAUGUCAUCUAUAGAUUGAAUUACGUUAAGGGGAAAAAAAACAACAAAAAUCUUGUAUUCUGCAUUUGCCUGUCCUGUCACUUCUUUUUUUUUUUUUUUUAAAUGCUGUUUUUUUAAAAUGCUGUUUUGAGAAAGCCACAUCAAGAUCUACUGAAUGGUCUUGUAUAAUGUAAGAAGUGCAUUUAUGGUAGUAAUAUGGUCGUUUUCUCACGUAUAAGGAGACUCCAUUACACAUAGAUUCAAAUAGGUUAUAAAAAACAUUUACCAAACUGAUUGGAUUCUAUUUGAAACAUAAUAGUUGUAAUGAUAUCAUUUUCCCCGCCCUUCACAGAUUCAUGAAACUGUUACACUUUGUGACUUCAAACACUGCCAGCAAAGGUGAAAGAUUUGAUUUAUUCAGUUCAGUUGAUUUUAUUUGCUUAUUGCCAUUUCAUGACACAACUCAUCUCAAGGAUCUUUACCAGGAAAACAAUCACAGUGUAGUUGUAAUAUUGAACUAAAUUAUAAGUUAUACAGGGAAAUAAGAAGCUUAUCUGAGUAACCCAAUAGAUUGGAUCAAGUUUUUACUUCAAUGUUUGAUUAAAAGGCUGGAGCAACAAGUUUACAGUGGAGAAGAAAAACUCAAUGAUUAAAUGAAAAGUUUGAGUAGAUGUAACAAAAAUACUUUGAAGUACCAAAAAGUCAUGAAAAGUUCUUCACUGACAAGCAUUUAUGUCUUCAAUCACAGCGAAUCCAGAAGAGCUUUGGAAGGGUUUUACGUCUGGAAACCAGGUUGAUCAUGCUCCUCUUAACUUGACUUAAAAUACUGUGUAUAUAUUUUCUUAAAUCAUUGAUGUUUUGUGAAUUCCACUUCAGUGCCAAAAUAAACAUGUGCGACAAAUAAAUUACACACAUGUACAAACA